GUUAUAAUAAAAGUACAUUAAAUAAAAUGGAUGAAGAGUCUCAAAAUGAUGAAUUGAUAGUGUUAGAAAGUAUUUUUGAUGAGAGUGUGCUUAAAAUUGAAAGAAUUGGAGAACCAUCAGGAAGUAUUAUUAUUCAUCCUGAUAUACCUGAGAAAUAUAAUGUAAAGUAUGAAGUAAAAAAUAAUGAGAAAACUAAUUCUUCAAAAUAUGUAGAGUUUGAAGUUAAGUAUUUGCCCCCAAUCACUUUAUAUUUUGUGCUGCCUAAAACAUACCCUUCUCAAAUAAAUCCUGCAUUUUUGCUUUCAUGCCAUUGGCUAACUCUUGAUCAAAUAUCCUCACUUUGUAGAAAACUGGAUAAAUUAUGGCAUGAAGGUGAAAAGGAAGUUGUUUUAUACAAAUGGAUACAGUUUCUCAAGGAAGAAACUUUGUCUUUUUUGAAAAUAAGUGACGGUUUAGAUAUUUCUCAUGUAUCAGAUGAACGGUUUGACCAAAAUAGACUUAACAGAAAAUCAUGUAGAAAAGCAAUUCAAAAUGAUUCAGAUAAGAAUUUACAUUAUCGAGAAUGGAAUGGCCAUCAUCAGAAAGCACAAAGAAAUGUAUACUUAAAUCAAAAUAUGAAGUAUAAUAAUUCAGUUCAAGAUUCCUGUUAUCGGUAUAAGUGUGAUGAUCGUUAUAGUUCGUAUAAAUUUAGAAAUAGACACAAAGAAAAUUUUCCGAUGAAUGUCUCUAAUGGAAUCACUCAAACUAAUAGUUCAAAAUAUCAAGAAGUAAAAGAAAAUAAAUAUAAGGACAACUACAGAAAUUUUCAAAGUAAAACUGUUAAAAACCAAGCUAUCAACUGUUUGUGUACGGAACAAAAAGAUGAAGAGAAGUUUAAUCCAACGACAAGCAAAAUAACACACUUCAAUCAAAAUUCUAGACAGGAAUAUAGGAAUCAAAAUGUAAAUGGGGAAACCCGCAUUCACAGUCAAAAUUAUCAAAGAGUAGACAUACAGACUGAUGCUUUUGGCAGCAGGCAAGUAGCUCAUAGAAACAAUCAAUCUCAUUACACAGAAACGAAUGGAAGCUAUCAAAGAGGAUCAUCAUCUUCAAACUACAGAGGAGGAAGGAAAUUUCAGAAUAAUAGGACAAAAUGGGACAUAAAGCUAAACAGUCGGAUAUUGACGCCAAGAAUACAUGGUGGAAAGUGUGAUUUCGAUUUAAGAGCAGUCAGUGAAAUGGAAAAUAAAACAACAUUAAUAACAUACUUAACGGAAUAUAAUAAAGAAAAAGAAGAAGAAAUGUAUAGUAAUGAAUGGUUUAUGUGUGGAGUAUGUCUCUUAGAAAAGCAAGGAAAAGACUUUAUGAAUUUCUUGGGUUGUAAUCAUAAGUAUUGUAAAUCGUGUAUGAAGUCAUAUUUUGAAAUUCAAAUUCAAGAAGGAAAUGUGAACUCACUUUCAUGCCCUAAAGAAAAAUGUAUUUCUCAAGCUACACAACAUCAGAUACGUGAAUUAGUAAGUCCGGACACCUUUGCUCGUUAUGAUAGACUCUUACUUAAUUCAAUACUAGAAUGUAUGACAGACGUUGUUUAUUGUCCAAGAAUAUUUUGCCAAACACCAGUAAUUUUAGAAUCUGACUGUUCAAUGGGAAUAUGUCCAUCUUGUGAAUUUGUAUUUUGCACUUAUUGUAGGAUGGUGUAUCAUGGCAUUGCAUCUUGCCGUUUUAAAUCAGAAGAAAGAAAAAAAAUUAGGGAAGAAUAUCUCCAGGGAAAUAAGGAAAUUAGAUCUAAAAUGGAAUGCCGUUUUGGAAAACGUACUCUGCAAGUGCUAGUGGAGGAAGGAUUAUCUGAAGAAUGGGUUGAGAACAACAGUAAAAAAUGUCCAAAUUGUAAUGCUUCCAUUGAGAAAAUUGAUGGAUGCAAUAAAAUGGCAUGUUGGAAAUGUAAGACCUACUUCUGUUGGAUAUGUAUGCAAAUUUUAAAACAGGUAAAUCCAUACGAACAUUUUAACAGGCCGAACACUCCUUGUUUCAAUCAGCUUUUUCAAGGUGCAGAGGAAUUUGAAGAUAGUGACGAUGAAGACUGGGAAAUAGGAGCAUUUCUGAUUUAAUUUUUACAUGCUAGAACUCAAAAAAACAUUUCUUUUUUUAAUCAACGCAAAAUAAAAAUGUUUACAGUCAUUUACAACAUAUUUAUUUUUAUUUAAAAAAUUAAUGAAAUAAUAAAAUAUAUAAAAUGGAGAUAAAUUAAAAAAGAACUGAUCAGAUCAAUUUUUAAUUUGCUUAAACAUUUACUGUUUGGGAGAAAUGAAGUUCAAAGUUUCAUUAGUUUAUAACAAAUCACAAUUAAAUAAAAUAUAUUGCUUAAAAUACUUAAUACUUAUUUAUUUAUUUAAAGUGAUUUAAUUUUAAACAAGAAUGUCUCAAUGUCUAAAGUUAAGAAUGUGUGAUUAAAAAUGCUAAAAAAGAUGCUUUAUAGAUCAAUAAAUUAAUUUUU